GUGCUUACGGAGGAGGAUGGGGAGUCUGGAAAGUGCGUAUUUGAGGAGCGCGCGGUGAGGACGAGAAGAGAAAUAGAACUCGUGAUAAACUGAAACCGGAAGGAAAACAGGAAUAAAUAUGUGAAAAGGAGGAAAAAGGACGAAAGAUAAUUAAAGAAAAUAGAAGACCUGAAAAAAGAAACAAACCGAAAGAAGAGAAACAUUAAAACUCUGUAGAUAAAAAAAUGGUGAACAUCAGCGCCAAUUUCUCCCCUGGCGGCACCCAGAGGAACUACAAAGGACUGACCAGCUACCGCCUGCUUGCCAAUGGGCGUGAGAAAUACGGGCGUGGGGGUAGGGGCGUGGGCGGCCAGGUGUACAGUCGGAAAAUCAUGUUCGUGCAGCCCGCCCCCCAGACCGUCAAAUUCCCCUUCAACCCAGCGGAUUACACCUACACCUAUUUCAACUGGCCGCCAUGGUACCAGGCCCAGUCCGUGGAGGAGUACAGGCAGACCCAGACAAAGGUCAACGGCCUGCAGAGAAGCCCGAGCACCUCCAACUACCGACCUGUUGAGCUGCACAACAUCCCCUUGCCCACUACAGGAGGCCACGUCACAGCCGAAGUCAAGAUGCCCUCUGGAAGCCUUGACAAGCCCCUGAUCGAGGACAACCGCGAUGGCACUGUCUCUGUCAGAUACGAGCCACGCGAGGAGGGCCUCCACGAACUGCACAUCAAGUACAACCAGGAGCAUGUUCAGGGCUCCCCCUUCAAGUUCCACGUUGACUCUAUUUCUUCGGGUUACGUAACAGCCUAUGGGUCCGGUCUGGUGCAUGGCAUCACAGGCGAGCCAUGCAAUUUCAUGAUCUCCACCAAGGACGCUGGUGCAGGCGGUCUCUCCCUAGCCGUGGAAGGCCCGAGCAAGGCUGAGAUCUCCUGCCACGACAACAAGGACGGCACCGUGUCCGUGUCCUACCUGCCCACCUCCCCCGGCGAGUACAAGGUCUCCGUCAAGUUCGCGGACAAGCACAUCAAGGGCUCUCCGUACUCCGUCAAGGUGACCGGCGAGGGGCGCAAGAGGAACCAGAUCAGCGUGGGCUCGCAGUCCGAGGUCAGCUUCCCGGGCAAGAUCUCCGACACCGACAUCAAGACCCUCAACGCCUCCAUCCAGGCGCCGUCGGGCCUCGAGGAACCCUGCUUCCUCAAGAAGCUGCCCAACGGCCAUCUCGGUAUUUCGUUCACACCGCGCGAGGUCGGCGAGCACCUGGUGUCCGUGAAGCGAAUGGGAACGCACAUCGCCAACUCGCCCUUCAAGAUCACUGUCGGCGAGAAGGAAGUCGGUGACGCCUCCAAGGUCAAGAUCACCGGAGAAGCCCUGAAGGAGGGCGUGACCCACAAGGAGAACCAGUUCACCAUAGACACGAGGGAAGCUGGCUAUGGCGGUCUGUCGCUCUCCAUCGAGGGCCCCUCCAAGGCUGACAUUCAGUGCAAGGACAACGAAGAUGGAACUCUCACCAUUGGCUACAAGCCCACUGAGCCUGGUUACUACAUCGUCAACCUCAAGUUUGCUGACAACCAUGUUCCUGGGUCCCCGUUCACUGUCAAGGUAACGGGCGAGGGCUCGAACCGGCAGACAGAGCGCAUCAAGAGGCAGCGAGAGGCCGUCCCCCUGACCGAGGUUGGCUCUCAGUGCCGCCUCACCUUCAAGCUGCCUGGCAUCUCCUCCUUCGACCUCUCGGCUACCGUGACCUCUCCCGGGGGCAUUACCGAGGACGCCAUGGUGUCUGAGGUCGAGGACGGUCUCUACGGGGUCAACUUCGUGCCCAAGGAGCUGGGUGUUCACACAGUGUCCGUCAAGUUCCAGGACAUGCACAUUCCCGGAUCGCCCUUCCAGUUCACCGUGGGUCCCCUGAAGGACGGCGGCGCCCACCGAGUGCACGCGGGCGGCCCCGGCCUGGAGCGCGGCGAGCAGAACAUGCCCUCGGAGUUCAACGUGUGGACUCGCGAGGCAGGCGCCGGGUCCCUGGCCAUCUCCGUCGAGGGCCCCAGCAAGGCCGAGAUCGACUUCAAGGACAGGAAGGAUGGCUCGUGCUACGUGUCCUACGUGGUGUCCGAACAGGGCGAGUACCGCGUGGGCAUCAAGUUCAACGACAAGCACAUCCCCGACUCGCCCUACAAGGUCUACAUCUCCCCCGACAUGGGCGAGGCGCGCAAGGUGGAGAUCGCGCAGUUCCCCGAGCAGGGCGGCAAGCCCAACAAGGCGCAGAACCUCCUGGUGCUCAAGAACGCCAAGGGCACGCUCGACUGCAAGCUGGUGGCGCCCUCCGGCCACGAGGACGACUGCUUCACGGACCCCCUCGACUCGGACACCUACAGCGUGCGCUUCGUCCCCCGCGAGAUCGGCAUCCACUACAUCCACAUCAAGUUCAACGGCAUCCACAUCCCCGGCUCGCCCUUCCGCCUCAGGAUCGGCAAGGACGAGGCCGACCCCGCCGCCGUCUCCGCCACCGGAAAGGGCCUCGAGGCAUGCGUGUCCGGCCACAAAUCCGACUUCAUCGUGGACACUUGCAACGCCGGUGCGGGCACGUUGGCAGUCACCAUAGAUGGUCCUUCCAAGGUGUCUAUGGACUGCACGGAGGUUGAGGAGGGAUACAAGGUCAGGUACACGCCCCUUGUACCCGGAGACUACUACAUUGCCGUUAAAUUCAAUGGAUAUCACAUCGUUGGGUCUCCAUUUAAGGUUAAGUGCUCAGGCGAGGCUGUAGCGGAGAAGGGCGUGCAGGAGUCCUCAUCAGUAGUAGUAGAGACGGUAGAGAAGCAGAAGUCAGACAAGCAUGGCCAUGGUGGACCCAUCAUCCCUAGGUUUACCUCUGACGCCUCCAAAGUAACCAGCAAAGGUCUAGGAUUGAAGAAGGCUCACCUCAACCGACAGAACAACUUCACUGUCAAUGCCUCCGCUGCUGGUAACAACAUCCUUUAUGUUGGUGUAUACGGCCCCAAAGCACCUUGUGAAGAGGUCUAUAUCAAGCAUAUUGGCCAUAACAAUUAUCAGGUUGGAUACAAGAUCAAAGACCACGGAAACUACUUGAUCCUUGUGACUUACGGAGAUCAGCACAUUCCGGGCUCCCCCUUCGUGGUGACAAUGUUCUAAGACUCCCAUCAUUCUUGCUAUAGGUGUUUUUUUUUCUUUGCCCUU